AUGCAUCAAAACCUCCUGCCUGUGCGUACAUCACGAGUAACGAUAAAACCUUGUUCAGAGCUAUCAUUUCCUGUGAAGAUCUACUUCUGUGUCACUAUUUUGUCUCUGCUAAGUGUAAUAGGGCUGACCAUAGAGACACUUGUCCGACAAACUGAGGAAGAUUUCACCAUUUCUCUUAUUCAGUUAAUUGGAGUUGUGUUCUGUGUGUACUAUGUGACUAGAGGAAUCCUGCAGGAGAAUCGCCAGGAGCUCAUCGUCUUUGUUCUUUCCAUCUUGCUAGUGAUGUUUCGUUCUGUUGUCAACUUCACAGUUCUCUCUGCUGAGCAAAAGCCGAAACUCCUGGCCCGCUUCAUUCUGAUCCUCCUGGUUGGCUCCUUUGAUGUGAUCUGUGCCAUCGUCCUCAUUCAGAGUCAAAGCAUGAUGGCCUUUCGAGUGGGUGGUGCUCUAGAAAGCCUGCAGUCACAAUACUUCAUGCUCAACCUCUGUUUUUCCAUGUUGACCUUUGAUCUUCAGGCACAGCUCUGCUUGUGUGUUCUGCUGAUAAGCCUGCAUGAGAUCACCCUUCUACAUAACAUCAUCUCAGCAACAGGGGUUCUUUGGGCCUGCCUGAAGGUGACCAUCAGCAUCAUUGCAAUUUUAAAAGAACUGAAACCUCUAGUGUGGAUUUUUCUGAGUCAGAAUGUUCCUGAAGUAGUUUAUCUCAUCUACCUACUUUACACGGUGAUAAGGGAGUGGGGCAAAGGGAAUUCUUACACUCUGGAAGCUGCUUUCAUCACCGGCUCUUGCAUUUCUGUUGCAAUAAAAUGUGUUUUGUUUUGGGCGCUGAUUCAUGUCUACCGCAGCUUUGGGCAGGGGCUGCGAGAAAGAAUGUUUUCUUCCUAUGGAAGGAUUGACUCCUGAGCAUUCCCCUUGUAUUCCAUCUGCAGCUCUUACAGAGUGAAAUCAUAGCUGGGAAAGUUCUGAUCAAGUACUUGCAUUCAGGAUGUAAGGUAAUGGGCCAGUUUCAGAGGUAGGGGAAGUUGGUCAGAAAGCGUCUACACAUUUCUUGGUUUGUAUUGUGGUAGGGAACUAUAGCAGCGCAGCUGGUAACUUAGUUUAAAAAGCAAAGCGUGCUCGGGAAAUUAACACUAAUCCUCUCAAUUCACUGAGUUUUGCUGACAGGACAAUGCAUCUUUCACUC